GAGAGACUCUGGAGGUCAAAGUAAGGAUCCCCCAGCGUCCCUGAUGAUGCAUGGAGCCAGACAGAAGGAGAGAACAGAAAUUACCAUGAAAUCAAAGGAAUAGACGACACCAGCUGUAGCAGACGAAAAGGACAGAACCAUCCAACGACUGACCCUGAUCAUCGAAAGCCCGGCCCAGCAAAUAAAGGAACUGACUGAGACAGUUAGAGACCAAAGCAUGACCUGACCACCCAGCUGCAGUCUAGCACGCAGUGUUAUUGAUUUCUGAUCACCGAUUGUAUAUGACAGAAGUUUGACGCUCAAGAGUGACAAAGUAGCAAAGAAGGUUGCUACAGGUGGCGAUGUAUCUCUUACAUAUUUCCAACAUGCAACACGCUAUCACGGCAAGACAUGAUAGUAUAACAAAAGUCAAAAAUGGCAGAGCAAUCAAUGUCAUCUUUUGUCGACGAGAUUUUGGAGAUGAAUUGCCUGUCUUGCGUGAUUUGCAAAGAAGUGUUGAGGCCUCCGAUAAUGUUAACACAAAACCUUGGGAAUGUUUGUUCGACUUGCUAUGAGGAGAAGUGUGAGCUUUCUCAGAUGACGAGUCUGCCAAAUGAACCAAUGGAGAAGAUAUUGAAGUUGAUGAAGCUCCCUUGCAGAUAUAAACAAAAAGGCUGUGAAGAAACUUUGUCUUAUGAAGACCUUUUGACACAUCAGAAUUCCUGCCGAUAUCGCACCAAAUUAUGCGCCCUAUUCAGAUUCACUGGGUGCGACUGGGAGGGGAACAGAAGCGAUUUUGCUACGCAUUUCAAAGAAUGCCAUGGAGACCAUGUGAUCAACUUUGAAAACAACAUUUUCUUCCUCGAAACCUCGUUGCGAGAUUUGAACUUGGUGAAGCUGCUCAUUAUGAACAAGAAAGUCUACAUUUUGAGAAUGCAGACAAAUCCUACGAAAAAGAAGCUUUUCUAUAUGAUUUGUAAUGUCAAAGAUGAACACAGUUCAUUCUGCGAGUACUCAGUAAAACAUAAGGGGAGUAGUGAUAACUACAUAAAGACAAAGUCUAAGAUUCUGUCUUCUUACAAUAUUUACAACGAGUUUGAUGAGAAUAUUGCCGUGCAAGUGGAUUUGGAAGCCUUAAAACAGAUUUCCCAGAUUUCUGAUACCAUCACCAAUAUUUUCAAAAUCAAGGCUGAGGAAUCUAGAGCAGAACAUCUGGAUGAAAAGAUAUUACACUUCUUCGAAUGCCCCGUCUGCAAGAACUACAUGAAACCGCCCAUCUACCAAUGUCAAUCGGGUCACAGCAUUUGCAACAGUUGCCGACCCCGACUAGAAAAAUGUCCGACUUGUCGCGCCAUCUUCGGCAGUACCAGGAACUACUCCCUGGAGGGCCUCACUUCAGGCGUGCAGUACCCUUGUUUGUACCACGACCUGGGAUGUCCAGAAACUGCUAUUGCGAAUGUUAUCAGCAGACAUGAGAGGGAGUGUCAGUUUAAGCCAUACAGCUGUCCAUUUACCAACUGUACCUCUACUGGGAAUUAUCAUACAAUGAUCAAUCAUCUGAUCGCAUUUCAUUCAGAAUCUGUUAUAUACAAUGGAGCUACAGGUACAUGUUCCGCGCUUGUGAGAUGGAAUUCUCAUUUGACCGUUCCUUUUGACAUCUAAGAAGAAUCACUUUCCUCACUUGUACGGUUACACUGAUUCAUUCCGCCUGGAUAACACAUCGUGCUGCAACAAAGUCUUUGAUCGCAAAUGUGUGAUCGCCUUCAACCAAAUUUUCAGACUGUCUUGCAAAAAAAAUGCAGACCACUGCCUUUGGGCCGCCGAGGUAUAUGGCAGCAACAUUGACAUGAAGACAUACGUCUACGGAGUCACCCUCAUGGACAUGAGAAGACCUGAGAAGAAAUUCAUCAGAACCGACUACUGUCUGAGCGAUGUGUCUGAAGAAGAGCUGUCAAAGAGGUGUAUUAUGUUUCCGAAUAGUAUUUUGUCCAGUUAUUCCAAUCAUGGAAUGCUUACAUUCCACUUUAAUAUUAAGGAGAAGUGAUAAGCAGUUGAGAAUUGCUAUUACUGUUUGUUUGUAUGUUACUGUUUUAUUGGAUGAGUAGUAUACAUACAGCUUAAACUGUAAAUAUAUGAUGUAUAUGAUCGGA